AUGGCACCCUCGAAAUUCAAAUCUCAAUUAGAAGCAUCCUCGUACCAUGCUCCCGGAGGUGGGGAGCUCUAUCAUCCGCUCCGAGAAAGAAUUGUCAAACAGGCAUUGGAUCAGGGCUACGACGAAGCCUCUAUGCUCGAACAUGCCGUGACUUGGGCCGAUGAUCAAGACCCAUGGGGUCACAUUGCAAAUGCGAGCUACCCUCGCUUCACCUCGGCGUGCAACUACCGUCUUUUCGAGAGCUUCGAAGAACAGCUGAAGGACAAGUUCCAAGAUUUCAUCAAAGCUCGCGGCAUUGGCGUGAUCGUCAAGUCGUCAACAAUGGACCUUAAGCGCCCGGUCACGUAUCCUGAUGCUCUUAUCAUCGCCAAUCGCAUGGAUGAGGUCAAGCCUGACCGAUACCACGUCACAACCACCAUGUGGUCCCUCCAACAACAGGCGCCGGUUGCGGAGUCUAAUGGAUGGGUUGUCUUCUUUGACUACGCGAAAGGCAAACCUGCCAAUCUCGUACAGGAACGCGGAGUCUACGCUGACCUUCAUGCUGCCCUUUCCAGCAAGAGCAAGAUAACCAACGAGAAGAAGACGGCUUGGGAUCUCGCGCAUCCCAAGAAGUCAAGGUCAAAGAUGUAG